UGUCACUCUAGCUUCAUGCUCUGUGCAGGCAGGAAGGCGGGCCAGUGCAGGAGGUGUGGUCAUCCCCCUCAUCUUUGCUGUGUCCAAGUCAGAGGGGAAAAAGCCUAUUUAAACAUGCUGCAACUAGAAGAAGUGGUUCCUGAACAGUAUGACCUGAAUCUGAAUGUUGACCAGAAGGACAUUAAAGAGGAACAAGAGGAACUCUGGACAUGUCAUGAGGGACAGCGGCUUCACCGACAGGAUAAGAAUGAUAUCUCCAAAUUACCUUUCACUGUUGUCAUUGUGAAGAAUGAAAAUGAGGAAAGCCCACAUUCAUUGCAAGUUGAUCAGAGUCAAAUGGAAGAGAGUACAGAUGCAGAGCCUUUAGCUGGCAGCUCAACACUGACAGCACAAGCUGAUGGAGAGGACAACAGAGGACAGCAGCCAGCCAGCAACUCUGGUCAAUACAGUCAUUUACAACUGGAUAAUAAUGGUAUGAGUUCAGGUGGUUCUGAAACUGAGACUGAUGAUAGUUAUGAAUGGAACCAAACCAGAGAACUAUGGUCAGGUUAUAGCUGUCUUAAAAACAGAGAUUCAUCUGACAUUACUGGGAAACGGUGUGAUUGCUCUGAAUGUGGAGAAGCAUGUGGUCACAUGAACUAUUCAAAGCAACAAGAGAGAAUUCAAGAAAGUGAGGAAUGCUUUAAAUGUCCUGAGUGUAAUAAAAAGUGGCAACAAAGUAGCAAUCUGAAUACACUCUUGACAAAUUAUACAGGACAGGAAAUGUUUGUUUGCUCUGAAUGUGGUAAAACAUUUGGACAUGAGAGUAGUCUGAACACAGACAGAAUUCAUAUAGGAGAGAAACAGUUUGGCUGGUUUGAGUGUGAUAACAGAUUUGGACAAGAGAGUAACCUGAGCACAGGCAUGAGAAGUCAUACAGGAGAGAAACCAUUUGGUUGUACUGAGUGUGGGAAAAGAUUUGUACGAAAAACUGAUCUGAACACACACUUGAGAAUUCAUACCGGAGAGAAACCAUUUAGCUGUCCUGAUUGUGGUAAAACAUUUGCACUAAAGAGCUGUCUGAAGACACACAUACGAAUUCAUACAGGUGAGAAACCUUUUGGAUGUCCUGAGUGUGGUGAAAGAUUUGGACAAAAAGGUAGUCUGAAGAAACACCUGAUUAUUCACUCAGGCAAGAAACCAUAUGGCUGUUCUGAGUGUGGUAAAGGAUAUGGAGACAAAAGCUAUUUGUACAGACACAUGAGAAUUCAUUCAGGAGAGAAACCAUUUGAUUGUUCUGUGUGUGGUAAAAGAUUUGGAGGAAAAAGUGAUCUAAAUAAACACAUGAAAGUUCAUACAGGAGAGAAAUUAUUUGGCUGUUCUGAGUGUGGUGAAAGUUUUGGACAAAAGGGAAAUCUGAAGAGGCAUAUGAGGACACACACAGGAGAGAAGCCAUUCAACUGUUCUGAGUGUGGUGAAAGAUUUGGACAAAAAAGUGAUGUGAAGAGACACAUGAGAUUCCAUACAGGAGAGAAGCCAUUUGGCUGUUCAGUGUGUGGUGAAAGAUUUGGAAGGAAAAACUAUCUAUACAGGCAUAUGAGAAUUCAUACAGGAGAGAAACCAUUUGGCUGCUCUGUGUGCGGUAAAAAAUUUCGAGGAAAAAGCGAUCUGAACAAACACAUGAGAAUACAUACGGGAGAGAAAGCGGUAUGUAGCGCCAAAACCUACAUAUGCAGCUCCUCCACUCAAGGCCUUUUUGAAGUGGUGAAAUAGGUGAUUUCUACUAGCAAUAGAAAGCAGUAUAAUCUUGCAUGAAUUCCUUUAUACAUUAAUUUAAUGUCACUAAAAUUAUACUGUAAGUAGUCAUGAAAUGCCAAGUGUGCUUCUAAGUACAGUGGUUCAAAAAUGUUUUGAGUUUAUUUGGAGCUGUGCUGUUGGAA